UGCCCAGCCCGGCUCCAGCUGACCAGGGAAGGGGUGGGCUGAGCUGAGGCGGGGGCAGGGGAGUGCCCGACACUGUGCCUGACCCCGCGGGUGACACGAGCCGGUUCUUUCCGGGCUAGGUGGCAGCGCGCGGCCCUCAGCCCCGCCCCAGGCCGGCAGGCGGAGAAGGAGCCGGUGGGGGUAGGGGGUGCGGUGGGGGGUGGGGGUCCUCCGGCGCUUGGGGGUCCCAGUCCCCGCCGGCUGCCGAGCGGGAAGGGUGGCGGAGGAGCCGCAGAGAUGUCCGGCCAGAGCUUGACGGACCGAAUCACCGCCGCCCAGCACAGUGUCACCGGCUCCGCCGUAUCCAAGACAGUAUGCAAGGCCACGACCCACGAGAUCAUGGGGCCCAAGAAAAAGCACCUGGACUAUUUAAUUCAGUGCACAAAUGAGAUGAAUGUGAACAUCCCACAGUUGGCAGACAGUUUAUUUGAAAGAACUACUAAUAGUAGUUGGGUCGUGGUCUUCAAAUCUCUCAUUACAACUCAUCAUUUGAUGGUGUAUGGAAAUGAGCGUUUUAUUCAGUAUUUGGCUUCAAGAAACACAUUGUUUAACUUAAGCAAUUUUUUGGAUAAAAGUGGAUUGCAAGGAUAUGACAUGUCUACAUUUAUUAGGCGGUAUAGUAGAUAUCUUAAUGAAAAAGCAGUUUCAUACAGACAAGUUGCAUUUGAUUUCACAAAAGUGAAAAGAGGGGCUGAUGGUGUGAUGAGAACAAUGAACACAGAAAAACUGCUUAAAACUGUACCAAUUAUUCAAAAUCAGAUGGAUGCCCUUCUUGAUUUUAAUGUUAAUAGCAAUGAACUUACAAAUGGGGUAAUAAAUGCUGCCUUCAUGCUCCUGUUCAAAGAUGCCAUUAGACUGUUUGCAGCAUACAAUGAAGGAAUUAUUAACCUGUUGGAAAAAUAUUUUGAUAUGAAAAAGAACCAAUGCAAAGAAGGUCUGGACAUCUAUAAGAAGUUUCUGACUAGGAUGACAAGAAUCUCAGAGUUUCUCAAAGUUGCAGAGCAAGUUGGAAUUGACAGAGGUGAUAUACCAGACCUUUCACAGGCCCCCAGCAGUCUACUUGAUGCUUUGGAACAACAUUUAGCUUCCUUGGAAGGAAAGAAAAUCAAAGAUUCUACAGCUGCAAGCAGGGCAACAACACUUUCCAACGCAGUCUCUUCCCUGGCAAGCACUGGCCUGUCUCUAACCAAAGUGGAUGAAAGGGAAAAGCAGGCAGCAUUAGAGGAAGAACAGGCUCGUUUAAAAGCUUUAAAGGAACAGCGCCUAAAAGAACUUGCAAAGAAACCUCAUACCUCUUUAACAACUGCAGCCUCUCCUGUGUCCACCUCUGCAGGGGGUAUAAUGACUGCACCAGCCAUUGACAUAUUUUCUACCCCUAGUUCUUCUAACAGCACAUCAAAGCUACCAAAUGAUCUGCUUGAUUUACAACAGCCAACUUUUCACCCAUCUGUACUUCCUAUGCCAUCUACUUCUCAGGUAGCAAGUACAUGGGGAGAUCCUUUCUCUGCUACUGUAGAUGCUGUUGAUGAUGCCAUUCCAAGCUUAAAUCCUUUCCUCACAAAAAGUAGUGGUGAUGUUCACCUUCCCAUUUCUUCAGAUGUAUCCACUUUUACUACUAGGACACCUACUCAUGAAAUGUUUGUUGAUUCUUUUUGUGGCACUCAGGCUUAUCCUGAUUCUACCCUUAUGUGCCACGAGUCUUCUGCUGUAGCUGGUUUAUUUGGAGGAUUCACUCCAUCUCCAGUUGCACAGCCACAUCCUUCAGCUGGCCUUAAUGUUGACUUUGAAUCUGUGUUUGGAAAUAAAUCUACCAAUGUUAUUGUAGAUUCUGGGGGCUUUGAUGAACUAGGUGGACUUCUCAAACCAACAGUGGCUUCUCAGAACCAGAGUCUUCCUGUUGCCAAACUUCCACCUAACAAGUUAGUAUCUGAUGACUUGGAUUCAUCCUUAGCAAACCUUGUGGGCAAUCUUGGCAUUGGAAAUGGAACCACUAAGAAUGAUGUAAAUUGGAGUCAGCCAGGUGAAAAGAAGCUAACUGGAGGAUCUAAUUGGCAACCAAAGGUUGCACCAACAACUGCUUGGAAUGCUGCAACAAUGAAUGGCAUGCAUUUUCCACAAUACGCACCCCCUGUAAUGGCCUAUCCUGCUACUACACCAACAGGCAUGAUAGGAUAUGGAAUCCCUCCUCAAAUGGGAAGUGUACCUGUAAUGACACAACCAACCUUAAUAUAUAGCCAGCCUGUCAUGAGACCACCAAACCCCUUUGGUCCUGUAUCAGGAGCACAGCUGUCGGCAGCAUCCAGCCCCUCCAGUCACAGUCCUCACAGAGCUUCAGGAAAGGACCCUUUUGCAGAGCUCUCUUUGGAGGAUUUCUUAUAAAUCACUUUAGAUACAGUUUAUGUAACUAGAUGGAAGAGAAUGGAAUUAUUCCAAAAAGACAAGUGCUCAAGCAGCAAAUACUUACUUCGAGCAAAAUCCAAACUGCUGUCUCUUAAACUCUCUUCUUCCAUUAGAAUGCUACAGUAACCCAGUGAAGGCCCAUGAAGGAAAUUGGGACUAGUAUAUAGGAGAACGUAUCAAUACAGUUUAUAAAGCCAAGAAUUGCCAUGAUUUCAGACUAAGAUCUUUUUGGUGACUAACCCUUCAGUUCUUUCAACUCUUAUUAAUACCCAUAAUCAGUAACCUACCAAGAAAAAAGCCCUUAUUUGGAAAGUGUGAAAUUUGUAUUUGGAAAAGCUGCCUGGAGAGAAGAGCUGUGUCCUUUCCUGUAAUGCAACAGGACUCUUGGGGGGAUCAAAAUCAUAAUUCUUAAUUAUGCAGUAUCUUUCUUUUCUCCAGUCCUCACAGACACAGAAACAGUAACUAAAAUUAACUUUUCUUUUAAAAAAUUAUAUAUUCAGUUUGCAGUAGACAUUCCUUAAGUAUUUGUAUUUAUUUAUGAUUAUCAAUUUACAUAACAUUAAUAUUGUAUCAGACCUCCUUAUGAAAAUGAGUAUGGAUGUAAACAGUAUGUUUGAUUUUUAUCCAUAAGAAUGAAUCUGAUUCCGAAUGCUUUUCAGCUGACAUACAGAGCACUAAAUAUUUUAAGGCAAGUCCAUAGGUCUGAAUCGCUUCAGAAUUCUCAGUCUCUAUGGGAUUUAGGGAAGCAUUAUAAAUGCAUUAAUCCUUAUAGUCAAUUCUGUGCCUAGGAUUUUGCAAGGGAACAGUUCACUGACUAGGAAAAGCACUACAUUUUAAAUUCAGCAUUAGUGCAUUGGGAAGGAACUUUACUGCUUUGUGCUUGGCAUGUCAUUAUUUUCCAUUUGACAUUAGGGCCUUUCCAAAAUGAAUGUGAGGAAUUGCUUUCACUUCAAGACUUUCCUUCUUUUCAGUAAAACUCUAGGAGGUGUUAUGGGGGGAGGGAAGGGGACAAAAUCCUUGAAACCUUUUAUUUGGCUCAUGCCAUGUUAUGAUCAUGUACCUUUUAAAUAAGGGGAAAUAGUAUCUUUAAAGUUAAUGUCUAGCCAAGAGUUUAGUUAAUGAAGAAUUAAACUGCACUGUUGAUCGGUGCUUUGUGUAAAUACAUCUUAACGUUUCGGUUGAGAGGGGCCUUAAGAAGGACAGUUCGUUGUAGGAAAGCAAUUCUGUACAUGAGUUUAAGCAUACUUGUUGCAUUGUCUCUGCAGAUUCUAUUUUUGUUUACAAUAUUAAAAUGUAUGUUAGCAAAAAUGGGUGGAUUUUCAAAUAAAAUGCAGCUUCCACAAAAUUUUUGUUAUGGUA